AUGCAACAACAACAAUAAUUAGCUCCAGCAUACGAAAAAUGUCCAAAACAUGGAAUCAAUGACAUUGUUUUAUUUUGUUUACACGAUUAAUGUAGAGAACCAUUAUGCAAAGAAUGCUGUAAAUUACAUAUUCAAUGGCAUAAUCAAUUAGGAACACCUCCUUAUAUUGAUACAAUUGAUAGUGUUAGAGAGAUGCUAUUUAAUGAUGUUCACAAUCUAAAGGUGAAAUUCGAAGAAGAAAGAGAAAUAUUACAUCAUUUUUCUGAUGGAGAACAUUCUCAGCUUAUUAAAACAAUUCAUGGUAAAAUAGAAUAAGUCAAGAAAAAUCUUCAUUAAUUAGUUAAUGACUACUGUAAUGAUUUAGAAAAAGAAGUAUAGAAAAGAAUUCAUUAACACAAAGCUGCCCAUCCCGGAGAGAAAAAAGAAUUGCAUCAUAAACUGAAUACUGUUAUUAAUUAAUUGGAUUUAUAAGAAAAAGGACUGCAAUCACAAAAAUACAUCAAGGCUUGUUUAGUUGUGAUAUCUGAGGAGAAGGAUCAUGAUUUAGAAGGAUUGUCUCUAGAUAUUGAUAACGCUUUGAAGCACUAUUUGGAAAAUAUAUUUGAUAUAUGUAUCCAUAACGACAAAUUUCAAAAAAUUAAUGAUGCUUUAAAUGAGUAUGUGGAGAUUCAUUAAGUUAAUUUAGGCGAAGAAUUGGAGUAUUAUACUUAACAAAUAAGAGAAAAUAAAAAGGCUACUGGAAUACAAUAAUUAUAAUAAUAAUAAUAGUAUCAAUCGAAAUAAAUAACUAAAAAAUAAGACAUUAAUCCUCCUAUUACUUAAACGCUACCUUAAAGCAAACUGAUUUAUUAAUCUAUUUAUGACACUCCUCAUAAUUAAUUAAAUAUACAUUCAUCGCUUCAGUAAUCUAGAGCAGGUGCAAGCUCAAAGAGUUAUGAAACUAGAUUGCAACAGAAUAAUGAAAAGUUGAAGUAAUUUUAUGGAUGA